AUGGUUGAUGACCCUGUAACGAAGGCCUUGAAUGUAACGAGGGCUUUAGGAAUUCCAGAUGAAGAGGUGAAACCAAUUUUGAAGAAUCUGUUGAGAGUAUAUGAUAAAAAUUGGACACUCAUUGAAGAAGGCAACUACAGAACCCUUCUUGAUGCAUAUUUUGAUCACAAGGAAACUAUGGGAAAGGAGGAUAAAAGUAGACGCUAUGAAGGGCAUGAUGAGUCUGGAAGACCGGUUAAAAGACAGAAUUUGGCCGGAAAAGAAGUACGUGCUUCUCCUACGUUGGCCGACCCGAGCGAAGAGUCGGAUUCAGAAGUUAGGGUACUCCCCUUAACGACUCCGAGGCAAGGAAUCAUGAAGUCUUCUAAACCAUGUUCAAGCGGUAGUAGAUUAGAAUCUAAAGCUCUAGUGCUCCGAGGAGAUAAAAAAACGAAGUCUUUGAGAGAAUUACCUGCCGGACCAAUGAAUGAGCCUAGUGUACCAAGUGAAGUUCACAAGAAAGGGUUGACAAAGUUAAGCAGCAGUGAGAAGCAGGUUAACGACUUGGCACUUUCUAAAAAACCCGUUUUAGCGGUCCAUCCAGUGGGGGAAUUUGCUAGUAGAUGCAUUAGAAAUGGUAACUCCAGUACUCAAGAAAGCUUACAUGUCCAUGACAUUGCACUUCCCUUUGCAUUUGUUUCGAGUAUUGGUAACCAAGUUAUAACUCACUUUCUUGCUUUGUCUUUUUUAGUUAGUCCUGGUCUGUCUAAAAGUUUGACGUCUAAGAAGAGCAAAGAUGAUUCUUCUGCAAGCAAUCACAGCAGAAUCAUUAAGACUACCUUAAAUAUUGCUUCUUCAUCUAUGGGAGAAGUGAAAAUCUUGUUGGACUGGGAUUCUGCUCUUGGACAGCCAAACUUUCAGAAGCCAAAAUUCGGUGAAGUUCUGAAAUUCGUAGAGAAUAAAUAUGUCAGAUCAUACAACAUAGUAGGUGACCAGUUUUCAGUGAAGAAGCUAUUGAAAGAUUUGUGUGAAAGUUAUUUGAAGAUGGGUACCAACUCUACUGAUAGAUCUUUCGCAAUUAACCAUCCUUCUGAAGUGAUUAAAGAAACCGGUGAUGGCCAUGCCCUUCAUGUUGCAGAACAAAAGAAGCGACCUCUUAACAUUGGUUUUGGUGCAACAGGCAUAAAAGGCAAAGGGUCAAGUAGUUCUGAGUAUACAGAUUCACAUACUGUUACUUAUGAUGAGAAAAGGCCAUUCAAUUUUCUCAAUGACAUUACAAAAGGGACAGAAAAGGUGAAAAUAUCAUUAGUAGAUGAUAUUGGCAAUGAAACUCUUCCAAAGUUUAAUUACAUUCCCCAGAAUGUAAUAUAUCAAAAUGCUAAUAUAAAUAUUUCUCUAGCCCGGAUUGUGGAUGACGACUGCUGCUCAAGUUGUUCCGGAGAUUGUCUUUCAUCAUCAAUAACUUGUGCCUGUGCCUGUGAAACUGGCGGAGAGUUUGCCUACACACCACAAGGCCUUUUAAAAGAAGAUUUUUUAAGAGCUUGCAUGGCUAUUAAAUAUGAGCCGCAGCAGGACCAUUUUGUUUACUGUAAAGACUGCCCACUUGAGAAGGCUAAGAAUGACGGCUCUCCAGAGCAAUGCAAGGGACACCUGAUCAGGAAGUUUAUUAAAGAAUGCUGGAGAAAAUGUGGAUGUGACAUGCAAUGUGGAAACAGAGUAGUCCAACGGGGCAUUUCAUGCAAAUUGCAGGUGUUCUUGACUCGUGAAAGAAAAGGCUGGGGUCUAAGACCACUUGAGGCCUUGCCUAAGGGAACAUUCGUAUGUGAAUACGUAGGAGAAGUAUUAACCAAUACGGAGUUGUACGACCGCAAUAUGGGAAUAAGCAAAGAGAGGCAUACGUAUCCAGUAACACUGGAUGCAGAUUGGAGCUCUGAAGGAAUUUUAAGGGAUGAGGAGGCACUUUGUUUGGAUGCCACAUUUAAUGGAAAUGUAGCCAGAUUUAUAAACCAUAGAUGCUUUGAUGCAAACUUGGUUGAUAUUCCUGUGGAAGUGGAGACACCUGAUCGCCAUUAUUACCAUCUUGCCUUUUUUACCGCUAGGGAAGUGGCUGCUUUGGAGGAACUGACAUGGGACUAUGGAAUUGACUUUGAUGACAUAGAUCAUCCUAUAGAAGCAUUUAGUUGUUCUUGCGGAAGUGAAAUGUGCCGAGAUAAAAAAACUAAAAAGGACUUAGGACUACGGUUACCUCAGACCCAAUUGAUUCUGUGA